CUUCUUCCCGCCCAGCCCUCUGUUUUCAUUCCAGUGGACUAUAGAGAACGUGGCAUAGGAGGUAGAGUCUACCACGCGCCGUCGCCGCAAUGGCAAUACUGUCCCUCGAAACCGCCAGCGGACACGCUUACUCCCUGGCCCUGGGCUGUUCGUUGGUCGUGAUUAGCCUCGUCGUCUACCUGUUUUAUAAGCCCGCAUUCCCCAAGAAUGCUCCCCAACUGGCCACCGACGGCAUUCCCCUCAUCGGGCAUGUCAGCUUCUUCACCGAACGCUGGGCCUGGUGGGAAAGGGCCCGAAAUGCUUCCUCGACGGGAAAUUUCAGCUUCUAUGCCGGUCAGCAUCCGGUCAUUGGUGUAUCAGGUGAAGAAGAGCGCCGAGUUUUCCUGGAAGACAAACGACUCGAUUUCUCCGAAGGCUAUGCGACCCUUCUUGCGGGCGCACCCGAGGUCAAGAAGGACGAUAACAAGCUGUUGGCAGAAAGCAACAAUGAUAGUGCCUUUUCCAUGUACUUUUCCAAGCGCAUCAUCGCGAUCCUAAAAGGACACAUUCUUCGGGAUGGUCUGCCCCAAUUGCUCAAAGACGCCCGCAGGAUGCUUGAUGAUCUCGCAUCCAAGCCCGAGCCGAUCACGGAUCCUUUUGAUUCCAUCUAUCGCAUGGUCUUCCAAUUCACGAUGCGAACCGUGGGCUGUCGCGAGAUCGCUGAUGAUCCACCAUUGCUCGCCAAUGUGCUCAACCUCUUCGAAACGAUUGAAGGUGCUGUAUCCCAGGUUAGCAUCAUGUACCCCUGGAUUCCCACGCCCGGCAAAGUGAUGCGCACGAUCGCGGGUGGAAGGCUCUACAUGAUCUUCAAAAAGGUCGUGGAUGAUCGCAGCAAGACGGGCCGCAAGGCAGAUGAUGCAUUGCAAUACCUGAUCGACCAAGGCGACAACGUCACCGACAUGUUGACUUUUGUUCUCGGAGCCCUGUUUGCCGGCCAGCUCAACAGUGGCAUUAACGCCAGUUGGAUCUUGUGCUAUCUCGCGCUCAACACGGAAUGGCGAGAUCGCGUACGCAAAGAAAUCGAGCACGUGGCAGAGAAGUACUGCAUCGAAAAGAAUCUGCCACUCAAAGAACGUCUGAUGAAGAUCCCUUUCGAAGCGUGGGAAGGUGAAUUCCCGAUGAUUGACUACUGCCUGAAAGACACGAUUCGUCUGCAAAUGGCGGGCACUGCCUUUCGAAAGAACAUGUCCAACGCCGAAGUGGUCAUCAACAAGCAGACGGGCGAGGUCAUUCCGCCGGGACAUUAUGUCGCAUUGGCGGUCGGAGACGUCCACUACUCUCCCGAAAUCUACUCAAAUCCCGAUGUCUGGGAUCCGAGCCGAUAUCUCCCCGAUCGAGCGGAAGACAAGAAGCAUCUAUAUGGGUGGAUGGGAUGGGGACAUGCACGCCAUCCAUGCUUGGGGAUGCGAUUCGCCAAGUUGGAAAACACUUUGAUUGUAGCCUUUUUUCUGGCCUAUUUUGACUUUGAGCUUACCGACAAGCAUGGAAACGCGAUGAAGGAGACUUCCUCUGUCAACCGAAACGAGCAUACUGCGAGCAAGCCACGGGACCCAAUGUAUCUCAAGUACAAGUUACGACAAGACUAAGCUGCUGGAACAUGAUCAAGUCAUACCUUCUCUCUGUUCGCAGAUCUGAUCAUGAACAUGUUACGAUACCACACUCCCUUCACUCGCUCAUUAUCGAUGAAAGUGUCGACACGACCUGCUUCCCGAAAACCUGCUCUCUCGUACAGUGAUACGGCAUCGGGAGACGCUUCAAGAAAAGCCUCUUGACACUGUGCAUCCGCCUGGUCCAAGCCCCACUGCAUCAUCAACGAUCCAGCACCUUUUCCUUGGAAAUCCGGAUCUGUAGCGACGAUUUCAAGAUCUGCAGUGUGGCAUCAACUACUCCUCCAGCCACGAUCAAAGCCGAAACUCCAGAGAACUUACACCAGUGGCCUCUACUUCCCAUCAAGUCUCGAUGUGCUCUCGCCCACGCUCCAAACGUCUCAUUACACAAACUCGAAUCUGCUCCUUGGGGCCAUUCCGGAAGAUCGGCGUCCGGCACAACACCAGGCUUGGAUUCCUGCCAUUUGAUAAAACCUGCGAUUGAUCCGCUCUCGACUGAAACUGCUUUGAGCCAUCUCGCGCCCGGCGCGUGGAGCUCGUCGUUGAUCAUUUUCUCCCACCAGGCUCGUACACUGGGAGUGCGAGGCCAGCAACCAAGGGAAUGCGGGUUUUGAAAUGCUGCAAAGUAUAUUGUGACACACCGAGGGAUGUCGCUUUCCUGCAAUGGAAGGAGGGCGAAGGCCAUGGGUAAAAGGUAGUACUUUCGAGAGGCCGAACUGAGACGACUGCAAAAAUCGGAUAUUGAGCUUUGGAGCAUAUAUGUAGGUCUCUGUGGAUGGGCGGUGUCCCAUUUGAGCCGUCCUGCUGAUAGCUUACUAAGCGGUCGGCUGCAUCAAUCGAGUAGGAGGACCUGAACUGUUGAGCGAAAGAAAGUACAGAGGUGCAUCGAUUGCUCACUGCGCGACAUCGUCUGCGGGCUGCUGUUGUCUACCAUCGCCUCGUCGAUUCGACACUACAACGACCCGCAGCGUCCUUGACAGCCUUUCCCACGUCGGCCUGCAUACGAGACAGAUCGAACUGCAAUCCAUUCACAUCUCGUGUCGCUUGAACAGGAAUGUAACUGUUCUUUGCGUGGCGAAAUCUCUCGCGUCGUUCUUCCACUUGACGGCUUUCCUUCGCAUGGUCGAUCGCGGGUGCCUGGGACUCGGAUGGUGACACUGGAGGAGGCGAUCUAUGAGGCUCGGAUGCAGCUCGUGGCCGUCUCUUCCUCUUCUCCUUUUCCUUCUUCUGAUCAUCACUGUUCCCUCCCUGAAAUAGCGACUUGAUCGACCAGCCCGCAUAAACGGAGCCUUUGGGCUCUGGCGAUCGCUGUGGCUGAGCACCACGUCCAUUGUGCCUGCGCGAGCGAGAUCUGCUGCUCUCUUUAUCUUCGUGUGCGUGCGAAUGCCACGGGUGAGUAUUUGCGACAUGGUGCAUGACUCUGUCGCCUCUCUUGGUAUCCAUGAGAGCAGUGACACCCUCUCCGCCAAGCUCGUAAAAGUCGUCGGCUGGCAUGUUGCAAUCGUUCGUUUGAUUGUAUAGGUACCUCGCUGUACUGUGUGAGAUUCGUAUUGGGGAACCCAGCAAGACCGGCUUUCAGAUGGAACUUGGUUGUAGGAUGAUGCUGGUUGCCAUAUACAUGUACAUUACUCUCCCUUUGGUACAUACAUCCCAUUCGUAAGGUACAUGUAUUUACCCAAAGUGCACCAGGAAUCAAGUUUGUCGCCGCAAUUCAAGUGCCAUGACGACACAUGAUCGUGGCUCGUCCCGCU